UUAGCUUGAGUUGGCUCCAGUUAGCAGUGAAAUUAAACAUGUCUGCAGCAGAAGAUGACACGGAGCUCAGAGAUCUGCUCAUCCAGAACCUGGAGAACAGCGGAGUGCUCAACAAGCUGAAGGCGGAGAUGAGAGCAGCUGUGUUUCUGGCCAUGGAGGAGCAGGACCGACUGGAGAACAAAACUCCUCUGGUGAAUGAAAACCUGAAGAAAUGUCUGAACAGUAAAGACGGUCGGCUGGUCGCUGGUCUCAUCGUUGACUUCCUGCAGGUGUUUAAUCUGGACUUCAGUCUGUCUGUGUUCCAGCCGGAGAUCAACUCACUGAACGGUCUGGACAGUCGGGACUCGGUCUGCAGAGAUUUGUGUCUGAGCGAGUCGGAGCUGAACAGGAAGAGUCCUCUGCUGCUGGAGCUGGUCAGGAGGGGGCGCCACCGAGACCAGAGCGCCGUCUCCCAGUGUGAACAAGAAACAAGAGGAAACAUUCCCAAGGAACCGUCUCAGAAACAGAUCUCAGCCGCCAGGAAAACGUUCGACGUCCACGACAAGAAUAAGAGCGGCUCGGUUUUAAAGGACGACCUGAAGUCUGUUUUCACUGAUCUGUUCCCCAGUCUGAACAAGAACAUGUUGGAGAGAUUCGUAGCUGACGAACUCAAAGCUGCCGAUAAGAGCUUCAGUAAAACUGUGGACUUUCAGCUGUUUCUGGGAAUCUACAGACGACUCUUCACUCAGUGCAGAAGUGUGGUUGUUCAGGAGUCUGAUGACGUCACUCCGAGUCGGACAGAGGAGCGAGUCGGCUCUCCUCCGGUCAGUAAGGACUCGGAGUGUGUGUUGGGUAAAGGUGACGUCAGACGCGGUGAGUCUUCCUCUCUGAAGAAGGACCGGCUGGAUCUGGAUCUGGAGGCCGGAGACGAACCUGAAGAAGGAGACUCGUUCUUCGACGACCCGUUACCGAAACCUCAGAAGACCUACGGCUGGAAGAUGGAAACAUCUGGAGCCAGAGAGAGUCCAGCAGGAUCCCUGUCUGAGGGCCGAGGAGGAGGAGGAAGUGAAGGAGGAAGAGGAGCAGGAGCAGGAAGUGAAGGAGGAAGAGGAGCAGGAGCAGGAAGUGAAGGAGGAAGAGGAGGAGGAGGAAGCAUCAGCACAUCAGAUCUGAGCCACAGCAGGAACGCAUCGAACUCACGAGAAAAAGGAUUCAAAGACUCGAAGACGCUGAAUGAGAAAACUGGAUCUCUGCAUUUAGACGAUGACGUUGAAUAUGACGACGACUUCAACAGUCAUCGCUCCGACCUGUCGAGGAGCGAGCUGAGCAUCGGCGAGGAGAUCGAGGAAGUUUCCAUCGAGGGACCGGAUCACAGCGACAAGUUUGACGAGUCGACUCAGGACCUGAGCGUCUCUCAGCUGAGUCACAGUCACGCCGACUACAUGGAGGAAGUGUCCUGAAGCUCCCAUCAUGCACCUCUCUGGUUCCUGAAGCUCCCACCAUGCACCUCUCUGGUUCCUGAAGCUCCCAACAUGCACCUCUCUGGUCCCUGAAGCUCCCAACAU